CAUUCAGUCUUUUGGGUGAUGACUUGUGCUUAAGUAUGAUGUAUUGCUAAGUGCAAUAUAAGAAUACCAAACUGCACGGAAGCACAAAUACAUUCAUCUUCUGAUGCGUCUUCUAUUUGUGGUCGACUAAGAUUUCAAGCAUAGAACACAGUCUACGUUUUUUAAAACAAAAGUAAAAUUCAAAAUAAAAAAAGGAUGAUUGAUUAUAGUAAAUAAAAGAAUGAUCAAAACAAAAAGAGUUUCAUACCCUCUACUUAUGGUAUAAGGUAGAUUCAUAGUAUGGUUGCUGUGGAAGGGCAGAUUGAAAAUGAAGGAUAGGGUUAGCAAGUAUAUGAAUAUCAACACGAACUGUGAACUAUGUGGUAGAGAGACAGAAACGGCAGAGCACCUUUUCUGGCAAUGUGAGGAAUCUAAAUCUUUGGCUGCUUUAGUGAUGAAGGACUUCAAUAUGCAAAGCUAUGAGGGAUCUGUUGAAGGUUUUGGGAGGGCAGUGCAUAAGAUACCAGGAGGGAAACAAAGGAAAAAGUGGAUUGCUGUAUGGGCUACUUGUGUUUAUCAAAUCUGGAGGUGGAGGAAUGCCAAAAUGCACCAGNCAACACGAACUGUGAACUAUGUGGUAGAGAGACAGAAACGGCAGAGCACCUUUUCUGGCAAUGUGAGGAAUCUAAAUCUUUGGCUGCUUUAGUGAUGAAGGACUUCAAUAUGCAAAGCUAUGAGGGAUCUGUUGAAGGUUUUGGGAGGGCAGUGCAUAAGAUACCAGGAGGGAAACAAAGGAAAAAGUGGAUUGCUGUAUGGGCUACUUGUGUUUAUCAAAUCUGGAGGUGGAGAAAUGCCAAAAUGCACCAGCAAAGAGGAGAUGCUGGGAUGCCUACUCAACAAGCUAUAGCUUAUAUAAGAAACUACUUAGAAUAUA